AUGUGCACCUGUCACUUGACACAGGUAGAUCAUUUUACUUUAAUAAUGGCAGACCAUUGUCAGCUAUCAGACUGAAACUUCAGACAGUUUAAGAAGAUUGCCUAUAUAUUUUGUUAGCCGUAAUACCAAGGAAUAAUAAUGCUGUAUCAGUGUUCAGUUCAACAGGAGGAUGCCGCUAAGCAAGGACUGAAGUGUGGCAUGUGUGGCCUCAGUUCUUUGAAUAAUCACUUGCCUUAAAUAUUACAAUUUUGGGCAGGGCUUCUCAUUACAGCAGGGAUGGGGAGCCUGAGGAUCUCCAGAUGUUGUUGGAUCUCUGUUCCCAUAAGCCUCAACCAGCACGGCCAAUGAUAAGGGAAUGUCAUACAACAGCAUCUGAAGAGUCAUGGGUCCCCAAUCCCUGCAUUCCAGCAAACAUCCCUUAAGUCAAUGCAAAUGAUUAAAAGAACUAGAAUCUUGAUUCUCAUGCACAGAAAAAAGCAAGAUAAAUUAUUUCUCCUUCCCCAUUAAUCUUGUCUAUGCAAAACCUCAGACUUGGCUUCAGCUGCUGUGGUACAAACAGUACUUUGCAGCUUUGAAACUUCUGCUACUGAACAAGUGGGACAGAGAACAUCACUACAGAAUUGUACUAGUUGUUCCUGUUGUUCCAUUGUAGAUGAACAACUCACAGAAUGCUGACCAAGACACAGGCAGUGCAGCCCAGGUAAACUGUGAAUCAUCACCAAAGAGAAGCAGAUAUGAUCUAAUCAGUCUCAUACACAAGAAAUAAAUUUUAAAGGAACCUGGCAUUAAUGCUGUCCUCCAUUUUUUCUCAUGCCCAACUACUGUACUGAAAAGCUGUGCCAUAGAAGAAAGCUAUCAGUGGGUUAUGUUGCACUGGAAUUUGAGCCAGGAUUGAGCAACAGUUAAUUUUUUGGGUUGUACCGACAGUUAAUAUUCAGAAGCCUUCUGAGGAGUCAUGGGCUUCCCCAUUAAAACACCAAUACAAAACUCUUCAGAUUCGUAGAAAGUAUAUAUGGAUAAGUGCCAUAAUUGUUCUAUGGUGGAUAUAACCAGGACCAGCCCUACUAUUAGGUAGAGUGAGGCAGGAGGGCAGGGAGUGUCAUAUGUCCUGUCAGAUAUACCCUAAGCUAGCCUGCUGUCUUCAGAUGCAGUGAAGGAUACUGUACUAGUGUUAAAGCAAGAUUCAACUGCCAUUUCAGCUGCUUUCUGUAUAUGAAAUGGGAAGGGACACAAUCUUGUUCUCGCCUCGGGCAGCAAAAUGUCUUACCCUGAGUGCUUUCCGAUUUAAAAUAAGUCUGCAAAUAAUGGAUGUUUGUUUCCUACAGCUCUUUCUUUUCAUUGAGAGUAUGAAGUGGCGUGCAUUGAUUCUACCACAUGCUGGGGGGGGGGGGAGUAAAUUAUAA